AAAAAAACCUAUAAAGAUAAUUUUCAUUUAUCAAUUUACACCUAGAAGAUGGAAAACAUCACAGAAAAGGUUAACUUAACAUAAGUACAGAUAAAAAUCUAUACAUAAGGUAUACAUGUACAUAAUUUUCUUUUCAUUUGUACAUAGCAAAAGAGAUAUUUGUGAAGGUAACCCCUUUUACUAAGUUUAGGUGACUGUGCAUUUGCGGCUUCACUUUUAAAAUAUUCAUAGUCUUGCUGGCAGAUAAUACAACACCCAAUGAAAAUCAAGUUUUACGGUCUCUCUUUUUAUAAUUUUUUGGCUUUCAGGCAAACAAAACGAAAUGAGAGCUGUUAUCAUAUUAAAACUUAGCUAAGAAUAGGAAGUUGCAUCAGCACUCCUGCCAAAGAUUCUUCUUUUUAUCUACAGCUAGAUUUCCAUUCAUGGCGAGGAAGUAUAAUAUACAAGUGGCAUUUAUCGCUAUUAUUGUGGUGGUUCUACUUUACUUUAAGCAAACAAAAAUUAAAGGAUUUUUAAUAAAGAAUCUAUAUUCUGGAACACCAAAGACUGCAAGGACACAGAGGUUCCCGGCCAUCAUUUCUAACCUGGUGAGUGAAAAGGAAUGGGAAAAAAUCAGCUGUGUCCCUUUCAAGGUGGAUCGAAAUAUAUCCACUCCUAUUUGUAUUUACAAUUUGACAGAAGGUGAUAACCUCUCCAAAGUACUGUCCAGAGGAACAGUUUGGCAACCACACCUAAUAAAGACAAUUCAGAUUUUAAAGAGAGACCCAGAACUUCAACUGAUUGACUUGGGUGCUAACCUUGGAACCUGGACUCUUUCAGCAGCACGACUUGGACGAAAAGUUCUGGCGGCAGAAAUGUUUCCUCCGACUGUCAUCCGCUUACGUAAAAGCAUUCAACUAGGAAACCUACAGGACCUAGUGACAUUAGUUCCAAAGCCUUUGUCAGAUACACGUGAGAAUGUUACCAUUUAUCUCUGCAGAAAAAGCAAAAUGGCCAUCAACAUCUUGAUGCGCAAAUGUAGCUCGCCCUCCCCUUAUGUUGCAAGUACAAUAACUAUGGAUGACCUCACUGCCUAUUUGCCAAAUGGAUUUACAAAAGCUUUCAUGAAAAUAGACAUUGAGGGAAUGGAAUUAAGAGUUUUUAACAGAUCGGAUCAUUUCUUGAAAACCGUGGACGUUCCUGUUAUUUUAAUGGAAUGGAGGUUCUAUAUAAGGGCGACUCUGGAACCAAAAUGCAGCUACUUUAUAUCCUUCAUGAGCCGCAUGGAUUAUAUUCCCUUCAGACACCUGGCUGGACCAGCUGGUAAGUUGGGUCCACUGCUGGAAGACACACACUGGCUCCAUAUUACAGACCUGUACUUGAUCAAGAAGACAUACUUGAAAUCAAAUUUUGCACACCUUCAGUAAAAACUGAAAACACUACAGCUGAAAAAUUUUAUGCAGAGUAAUGUGAUACAUUAGAGCACAGACGUGUUCAAGUUCAAAGAAAGCACUGCAGAUGAGGUCAGAGAUUUUUUCCCCUGGACUUAUUAUUUAGCGGGAUUCUGAUUACUAAUUAUCAUAAGCUUCCAACAAUCAAUAAUUACAAAACAAAAAUGAAGAUAAGAUUAAUUUUACAACUUUCAUUUCAUCACAAAGAAAAGGCUCUCUUACUUGGUCCCAACUUGAUACCCAUGUAUGUACCUGUAUUUCUAGGAAUUAUCAACAAAAUAUUGUUUGUGGACUAUAGCUGGGUUUAUUGAAAAUUAAGUAUAUGAUAACCAUUUACAUAGAGGUAGGGCUAUUUUCAUUAUUAUUAUCUUACUGGGGUUUGUUCAUUUUAGCAUGUUUUAGCAAAGGUCAGUAGAUUGGCCAAUUUAAAGGUAUAUGUUUGUUU